UUAAAUACAAGAAAAAUGUAUAAUUGUAGUGUUUAUCUCGAAAUAUUUGUAUUUGAACUUUAAAAUACUUUUUAAACAGAUUUCCCUUAAAUAAUCCCAAAUUACUGGAAAAAUGGGUAGCGACAAUGGAGUUGCAAGAUUUCAUUCCAAAUGAGAAAAGUUUGCUGUGUAGUUACCAUUUUGAUGAAAAAUGUUUACGAUCAUCAGGUCGUGGUUUAGUUCUUAAAGCAAAUGCAGUGCCAACUUUGUUUUCAUCUGCAGAUAGCGGAGGAACCUCUAUUGCAGGAGAAUUGCAAGAGAAUAUAAGCAAUUCAUCUGAUGUAGUAGUAUAUAAUAUUAAUGAUAAUCAAUCAAUAACACGGCAGCAAGGUACAAAGCGUAUUUCGUCAGAAAUUUCCACAUUUCCUUCUAAAAUUCAAAGAAGCAGCAGUCCUUUUACAAUCAAUGCAUUCAGAGAGAGAAGCUGUGAUGGAUUGUUCCUUAGGGACAUCCAUUGCAGGAGAAAUGCAAGGAAAUAUAAGCAAUUCAUCUGAUGUAAUAGUAUAUGAUAGUAAUGAUAAUCAAUCAAUAACACGGCAGCAAGGUACAAAGCGUAUUUCGUCAGAAUUUUCCACAUCUCCUUCUAAAAUUCAAAGAAGUAGCAGUCUUUUUACUAGCACAUUAAUGCAUUCAGAGAGAGAAGCUGUGAUGGAUUGUUCCUCAGUCGAACACUGCGAAAAAAAUGUAGCACUUUCUACGAGUUUAGCUGUUGAAGAAGUAAACAGUCCAGUUCGCAGCAGGACACCACAAACACCACGAAGUAUUUAGGAAACGAAUUCUUCACACGAAGCAUGAUCAUCAGUAUGAAGCAUCUCCAAAGACGAUGAGGAAAAAGUAUAUUCAGCAAAAGAAGAAAACACAAGAUUUGAUGAAGCAGGCGCACGUUCUGAGACAGCACAAAUCACAUU